AUGCUAAUAAAGAUUGCAAAAAUGAUAAUUGAGGGAUGCGUUGCCGUCUCUACCAUAUCGUUUGCUGCAUUGUACCUAUUUCAGAACAAGCUAGUGUAUCCAUCAUGGGCGCAGGGAGCUAGAGAUUUUGUGGAUACACCAGAGAGCUAUAAUUUGCCCUACCGGCGAGUUGUACUGACGACAGAGGACAAUGUUAAAAUUGAGGCGUAUGAUAUGCAGAAAGAGAAUAGCACUGCUACUGUUAUUAUCCUGUGUCCCAAUGCAGGGAACAUUGGGUAUUUUGUGCCGAUUGCUGAUAUUUUCUACCGUCAAUUGGGCACAAGCGUAUUUCUGUACUCGUAUAGGGGUUACGGUCACUCAGAAGGGUCGCCCAGUGAACAAGGUUUGAAAAUGGAUGCAGAUUGCGUCAUGUCACAUUUGUCUUCUGAUCCAUUCCAUAAGACACAGAAGCUGGUUCUUUAUGGUAGAUCUUUGGGAGGUGCCAACGCCAUUUAUAUCGCCUCAAAAUACCAGCAUUUAGUUGAUGCUGUCGUCUUGGAGAACACAUUUUUGAGUAUACGUAAGGUUAUACCCUAUGUAUUCCCAUGGUUAAAAUAUUUUGCUUUAAUGUGCCAUGAAGUCUGGAAUUCUGAGAUUGCGAUAACAAAAUGCGAUCCAACAGUCCCAUUUUUGUUUCUAAGAGGACUCAAAGAUGAAAUAGUACCACCAGUGCAUAUGAAGCAGCUGUAUAAUCUUUGUCCCAGUACUCAAAAGCGCGUAUUUGAGUUUCCGUUAGGUUUUCAUAAUGACACAAUUAUUCAGCCCGGCUAUUGGGAUAUUAUACAAGAUUUUCUAAAGACUUGCGGAUGUUUAUGA